CUCCAACUAUGUCCUACGAUGUUUGAAAGAGGACGGGCAUAUUCUGGCCUCUGUCUUGUAUCUGAAAUCCCCGAAACGAGGUUUUAUCCAUCGUCCGGCGGUCGGCGACGCUGCCGCCGUCACCGAUCAUUGUCGUCGAUACACAAACAUCAAUAAUUGUUUAUCAGUUUGGCAUUCAAUUCCAUACACGUGUUCUCUGCAUUUGCCCUCCUCUCUCUGUGAAAUUACAUUCAUUUCAUCAUCCUACUCUCCGCAGCUCCUCUCUCUCUCUCUCUCUCUCUCUCUCUCGACAUUUCUUCAGUCGCUUCACUCGCUCUGCUUCUUCCGCCACGCCAUGGCGAUUCCAGCGGCAGUUGUAAUAGUCCCAUUGGGUGUUCUGUUCUUCAUCUCGGGUUUCGUCGUAAACCUCAUCCAGGCUUUGUGCUAUGUCCUUGUUCGGCCGUUAUCAAAGAGUACAUACAGAAGGAUUAAUAGGGUGGUGGCGGAAUUGUUGUGGCUGGAGCUUGUGUGGCUUGUUGACUGGUGGGCAGGGGUUCAGAUUAAGCUGUUCACAGAUUCGGAAACUUAUCAAUUAAUGGGUAAAGAACAUGCACUUGUCAUAUCUAAUCACCGAAGCGAUAUUGAUUGGCUUGUUGGAUGGGUUUUGGCUCAGCGAUCAGGUUGUCUUGGUAGCACAUUAGCUGUAAUGAAGAAAUCAUCAAAGUUCCUUCCGGUCAUAGGAUGGUCGAUGUGGUUUUCUGAGUAUCUCUUUCUUGAAAGAAACUGGGCUAAGGAUGAAAGCACAUUGAAGUCAGGUCUCCAACGGCUAAGAGAUUUCCCACGCCCAUUUUGGCUGGCACUUUUUGUAGAAGGUACUCGCUUUACACAGGCAAAGCUUUUGGCAGCUCAAGAGUAUGCGGCUUCAACAGGGCUGCCUUUUCCUAGGAAUGUUUUGAUUCCUCGUACAAAGGGUUUUGUGUCAGCAGUAAGUCACAUGCGCUCAUUUGUUCCGGCCAUUUAUGAUGUCACAGUUGCUAUUCCUGAGUCCUCACCUCCACCUACAAUGCUAAGGCUCUUUAAGGGGCAGUCCUCUGUGGUGCACGUGCACCUCAAACGACAUUUGAUGAAGGAUUUGCCUGAAACAGACGAUUCUGUUUCUCAAUGGUGCAAAGAUAUAUUUGUGGCCAAGGAUAAGUUAUUGGACAAACAUAUUGCUGACGAUACUUUUCCUGGACAAGAGCAGAAUACUGGGAGGCCAAUGAAAUCACUUGUGGUUGUUAUCUCUUGGGUGUGUCUACUCAUAUUCGGGGCUUUGAAGUUCUUCCAGUGGGCUUCGCUUCUAUCCUCGUGGAAGGGUAUCGCAUUUUCAACUGUUGGUUUGGCCAUUGUUACAGUCCUCAUGCAGAUAUUGAUCCAAUUCUCUCAGUCGGAGCGUUCGACUCCUGCCAAGGUAGCCCCAGCAAAACCAAAGAAUGGGGGGCAGUCAUCAGGAGCAGGAGAAGAUAAACAGCAGUAGAUCACAGCUUGUUUUCCAAAUUAUCCAUAUGGUCAGAGGCCAGUUCAUCUAUAGCCUCAUAACUUGUGAACUACUGGUGGUAUAUGCAAAUACGCGCAUCCUUGUGAACCUGUUCUUAAUUUUUGUACCAACUUGCAGAUUGCCCCUGUAUCAAUUUAUUAAUUUCUCUUCAAUUAGGUUAUAUUCCUUCUUUAUCAUCAUAGGUUAAGGGUCUUUUAGUAGGGCUUCUGUUUUGAUUUUUUUGGUUCCUUUUUUUAUUAUUUUUGAAAGCGGAAAAUAGGUAUUGGCUUCUGAUAGUCUCUUUUUUUGAAUGAAAACAAUUAAAGUAUGUUUUCAGUGUCUUGUUUUCCCCUGCUCUUUUGGUGACCUUAUGAGUUGGGACACUCUGAUGAGAAGAUAACUAUGUAUCCUACUGUCAUGUGAAUGACCAUUCUUCUUUUUUUAA